AUGCUAAGAGUCCACUGAGCCGGCGCCAGUUGGUGCCAGUUGGUGCCAGUUCGCGCCAGUGCAAUUUGCUGUGGCGCCAAGUGUCAAACUGCCUUCCAAGUAGCUUGUGGUGGCCCGUAACGGCGGCAAAGAUUGAGUUUGGCGCACCACUUGCAUCAAGCAAUGAAUGCGAAGUGUCCACCAAGCGGAACCAAAUGUCGCAAACAAUCCACCUAUUGGAAUCGACUGGAAUGUAAUGGCACGCGCCAAGUUGCGCCAAUGAUGCUAUAGGAGUCCACUGGGUAAAAAAGUAAAACUGUAAAAGUGGUCAUUGUGGAUCAGUUAGCUUUCUUUUAAAAAUGUCAUCAAUUGUUUUUAAGAAAUGUAUAUAUUUACAGCAUAUUUGUGAAGAACAAACAUUAUCUUAGCGCGGCCAUCAGCCAUGUUUUUUGUUUACAUUAAAGGUUCCUAUGACAAACCAAUAGCAACAGGAUCAAAAGGUGAUUGGCAAAGAAAGAUGGGGGCGUGGCCAAAAGCUAGAAAGUAAACACACAGAACACCUGAAGGCCAAAUAAACAAGCCUUACACAGGAUUAGCACAAAUCUGCUAAUUUGCUAAUGCUAACUGAUAUUCAUAAGGUGUUAGCUUCUAUGGCAAUGCUACACCUUCACUGUGUAGGAAUCUACCUGGCUUCCAGGAAGCCCAAAAUGGAGACCCUCCCGCCCCAAUCGUCCACCCGCCCCUGCUCCAAUCCUUGUCCCUGAGUUUCUAUCGUGGAGGCUAAUUUCUGACUGUAAUCUGAUUACGCCACUGAGCGGCUUUGGCGCCCUGCUGUGCUGUCAACUUCACACACUCAACUUGUGUGACAUUGUGUGACUGGGGUGAGGAGCGCUGUGUGCCGGGUGGAGGUGGAGGUGGUGCUGGGUAACCACUCGGACUCGUCGGUUAGCAGACUAUCGCCUCCUUCCUGCUGCCCGGCACCACCAUUCUGGGGGGGUGGGUGUCUUUUGCCUCGAAAACAUGUUCCGAAACCCUUGGAUUUCUGGUUACCAUGUCAGCCAUGUGCAGCACUGCAGCACAGGACUUCAGUUGGAGGCUCAGAGCAAACUUUGUAGCUCUGCGUCCUUGCCAACAGAAGCCUUAAGUUUUCAGAGUGACUUCUCCUUGAGUCCCAAGACCACUUUGGUCAAGAGUCUUUCGGACACAGAUGCCAAACUUCUGGUCGUCCUUCCCAAAGUUUCAGAGUUGAAGAAGUACUUUGAGGGCACUCUUUCGUCAGACUUAGAAAUGAACCGGAAGGAGAGGAUUGCGCGGCGCCUGGAAGGGAUUGAAGGUGAUGCUCCACCGCCUCUGUUGCCGGGUGGCUUGGUCGCCAACAGGAUGCUGGAGGAGGACCCCCCACGGUACACCAGGGCCUCGGACCCCUGUGAGCCAUGUGUGAUGGUGAGGCGCUUCAGUCAGGAGGAGCUGGAUGCUCCUCAGAAGCAGGUGACAUCCCCGCAGAAGCAGACCAAAGGGAGCCGCCUUGAGGCGAUGUUGGUGUACGUCGACCCAGUUACGCUAUCCACCACAUCUACACCCACAUCAGGCCCGUCAGACCCCAACAGCCUGAGCUCCAAGGCCGAGCGCAUCGCCCGCUACAAAGCGGAGCGUCGCCGGCAGCUGUCGGAGCGAUACGGCAUCCUGCUGGACCAGGAGCCGGAUAUUGAUUACUCGCCACGUUACCGCUCUAGACUUCACACCACUGACAGACAAAUAUCCGGAAGGCAAAACAGACCGGAAGUGGAGGUGGCACAACGGGGUGAAACCAAGGUGCCGUACCGCUCCGGUGUGGGCACGGUUUACAUGAGAACUCACCCGGAUUUAGCACCCACAGACACACAAAUCCCUGCCGGCACAGCUGCUCCCCAAGAGGCUAAAUUCUCCGAGCGGGAAAGAGCAAUGAACAUGGAAAACUACAGGCGAGGUGGCGCUCCAGAACCCCCUUCUCGAACGAGGGCCCACGAUCAACAUCAUGUGCCUCGUUCACAGCAGCAGCAUGUAGACACGGCCCACUGUGAUCCAGGCCCAGCCUCCAGCAGGGACUACAGCAUGGCGACGGUGCCCAGCUCACCUCGCACUGCCCGUCGGUCUUCACUGCCGUCCACCCGCUAUGGCAUCUCACCUGGGGAUUUGUUCAUAGAGCAGCAGGCACAGAGCAUCCUCAACAGGCAAGGAAUCCGAGUCCGAGAAUGUUUAUCCAGGGAUGAAGGUAUGCAGAGGCCUCCUGAGUGGAAUGCAGACAGACCUCAGAGACAUCGUACUCAGGAGCUCCCGUUUCCACACUGCCCAGAACCAGACCCCCAAAGGACUAUUCCUCAACCUCGGCCCAAACCAGGUGCCCACCUUCUCCCAACCCAAGAGUAUCAACAUCCUCACCCGGCCAUUGAACACCAGAAUCGGCUGUCACCCGGAAAAUUAUCAGGACCUCCAGAUGUCCCACCGCGAAGGAGAGUGAGUGCCGAUCAGAUCUACGGUGCCCACAAGGAGGCCAGGCUGGAGGCCAGGAUGGAGGCCAACCAGUCCUUUAAAGAAGGACCAAAGUCCUUAAAAGAAGAAGUUCAAACAGAAGGUCUACUGAAGAGCAGAAAGGCCGUGUUGCCUUCAGAGAUCCGCCGCAGGGAAAAGAGUGUUGACGAUCCUCACAAGGGACAGAGCGACCACAUGGAAUGGCAGAACUACAGACUGGAGCCGAGACAAGCGAGUCACAAAAUAGAAGAUGGGGAUGUGCAGAGCGAUCGAGGCUGGGAUAGGAAUAUUGAGAAUAUCCAAGCGAGAAGGAGACACCGUCACUCCGGCCAUGAGACUCAGGAGGACAGAGUGUUUGGAUGUUCAGAAGAACUGAGGCACCCAGAGUCACAAGAGCAGCAUUUCCAGACAGAAACCAGAACAAGACAGCAAGGUCCUCAGGCUCUACAAGAAGAUCCCCAUAGGCAGCAUCAUGACCCUUUAAGGCAGCAAAUACAGGAACAGGAAGAAAUGGGAAGGCAGGAUUCUGGUUGCAGAUUGGAGGAGGAGUCUCAAAGGCAGCCAGAUCAGUCAUGCCAGCUGAGAAGCGACUCUGCUGUUUACCUCCAGAAGGGUUCUUCUCUACCUCAGGCUAAACACAAAAGCACAGACCCAAUCGGAGGGCCCAAACUUAAGACCCGAACACGCUCCAUGUCAGAUAUCGGAAUAACCCAACAUUCCGUCAGGUUCCAUAUGGAGAGGGCUGCAGCGACCCUGGAGAACACCAGGGCCGUGCCUCCGGCAGGGGCGGCAAACGGGGAUAUGGGAACGCUGGACACCCGGGUGUCGGUGGCCCAGUUGAGGAACUCGUACCUGGAGAAUGCCAACAGGAAGCCUGACUUUGAAAGCACCCAAUCAGCGAUGGAGGUGGACGCUGCCAACUGCACCGACCGGGACCGGGAACGGGAACGGGGGGCUCGGAGGCCCCGGCGCUACAUCACACCAGGUGACGGACGUAUGUCAGAAAGGUGUCGGACACAACCCAUCACCUCUGCGGAACGUCUGGACACUGACAGAUGUCAUCUCAGUCCAGCACCGCUACAAGACGCUGAAGGUGAAGUCAUGGAUGAAGAAAAACUGGAUGAGAGAGCCAAGAUGAGCGUGGCCGCCAAGAGGUCGCUUUUCAGGGAGUUGGAGAAGACAUCAGAAGGAGGCGUUCCUAAGCCACGCUCCCGUAACGUAGCCGUUGAACGUCGUCUGAGGCGGGUUCAGGACCGCUCACAUACUCAGCCUGUCUCUAUUAAGGAGGUAGUCAUCGCUUCCAGUGCUCCUACCACACCAUCGCAUGCUGCAGAAGGCCACACCACAAGUUCAGGUCUCGUCAGCACCAGUAUGACCACUAUCAGCAUCCAGGCCUCCAUUCAACCAGGUCCAGGAGUGCAGGAGCCCCAGGAUGAGACCCCCAAAGAAGACCCUACAGAUGAAGACAUGCAGGGAGACGACUUGUCAACGCUCAGCUUGGCCGAGAAGAUGGCCCUCUUUAACAGGCUCGCCCACCCCGAAGACAAACCGCCCGGGGUGACCCGAGUCGGGGACACUCGGCAGCGCCGCGCUCACGCCCGCUUUCAGACGCAGCCCAUCACUCAGGAGGAGGUAGAGAAGGUGACUGAGCCUCCUGUCAGCCACCCUGAGGCCACACAGGAAGAAGAUUUGAAACACAGCAGUCCAAUCAAACUGGAGCCCCUCCCUGCCUCGGUGGUCCACUCCGUUGCAGCUGCCACCUCCCAAGCUUCCCUCACCACGGUAACCAUGACGCCAGGAGGCAGCAGCAGCAGCAUCAUUGCCGAUGGAGGGAGCGUGACCGCCACCUCCAUCCCUCACAUCCCCGCCCACCAACAAUCCCCCGGCACCGCUAACAUCCACCAGGAGAGGGCGCUGAGGUAUUUCUCCAUGACCCAGACUAGAGACCCCGGCCACCCUGAGCUGGAGGCAGACUCCUCCCCUCUCCUCCCGGAGAGCUCAGACUCAGAGAGGCUGGGGGCUACCCCUGCUUGCAGACAUCAGGGGGAGGCAGAGGAGGAAGUGAGGGGGGGAGUCACAAACCGGAAAAAGCAGGACCGGCACUCCCAAAUCAAGGACAGCCGGGAGAGGAAGCAGGACACCUGGGAGCAUCCUCAGCCUCAAUAUUUGACAGCCGAGUCGGAGACGCAUCCCGGCCGGGUAGCCCUCGGACAGGAGGGUAAAGAGGAAGGAGGUCACGGCAGUACUCGGAUCCAAGUCGGACUCUUAGAUUUGCAGGAUGUCCCAGCAUCACUGAGGCCUGCCAUCACCAAAGUGUCCUCCAAGACAACGUCUCACGUGUCCAGCAUCCAGCAAACGCAUCCCGUCCUCCAGCCUCCCCCAACCCCUCCCAAACCCUUCUCAGAGCUUCCAAAACCCCAGGUGUACAUCCAGCCACUCCAGCCCCCGCCCACAUAUCCCAAACCGUUGACUCAAUCCCCACAAAGCCAGCCCAAACCUCAAGAAGUGUUCCAGAAGCCCAGACUCCAAGUGCCUCCACGGACACCACCCAAACCUCAGUCCUUCCCCCAGACGCUAGUCAAGUCCCAGUCCUUGCCCCUAGACCACAGCGACGACUACAACAGGCUCAGCAUCUAUUCGGGAGACCUGCUGUCCCCCACAGGUUCUGGGGACCGUGUGCUGCACGGCAUGUCUACCAAACAGAUGUCCAUCAAGGAGAGGGUGGCACUGCUGAAGAAGAGUGGUGAGGAGGACUGGAAAAAUAGGAUCAACAAGAAACAGGAAGUGGUGAAGGUGGCGUCCGCAGAGCAGCAGACUCAGCAAUGGGAUGCGGAGAAGACCCAACAGAAGAAGGAGGAAGCGGUGGUCGUCCACGACUACUCCUCUGUGUCUGUGUCAGAGCAGCUGUGGGAGCCUGUCUUUUCCUCCACUUUCUCUCCUCCUUUCUCCCUCGGCCAAAAGUGUCAGUACAGUGACCACCACGUCCAGAAGUACAAGGUGGGAGAGGAACGUGAGGCCCAGAUGACCAUUGAGGAGAGGAAGCAGAUGAUCACCAUCCGAGAAGAUGCCUGGAAGACAAAGGGGAAGGGUGCCGCCAACGACUCGGGCCAGUACACCGUGGCCGCACGCAUGGUCAAGAAAGGCCUGGCUGCAUCUUCUUCUGUCAUCGCCCCCAUCCUGUCGCCAGUCACCACCAAGCUCAAGAGUGGCAUGGCGGCUGUUGGCAAACCUCAAGAAGAAAUUGAAGCCAGGGCCGACAUGGAGUCAGACAAGAAACUCGACAAGUUGGAGACCUUCCUUGGACGCCUGAACAGCAAAGUGGCAGACCUGCAGGAGACCACCCUAACGGUCACAGAGAAGGCGGUGAAGGAAGUGAUGAAGAUUGACGAUGAGAUCUUCUCCAAGUUCUAUCGUCACGUAGCCGACUUCCCUCACAUCCCCACCCGGAUCGAGUUCAGCGAAGACUUUGACACCAUAUUUGGUUCUCUGGAGGGUCCCAAGCUGACGUCGGCCAUGGUGCAGCACAAGCGCUCGGUACGUCCCUCCAGGAACGUCCAGGCCUCCAGGAACCCUCUGAAGAUGCUGGCCGCCCGGGAGGACAUCCGACACGAGUACACUGAGCAGAGGUUGAAUGUGGCCCAGCUGGAGAGCAAAAGGAUGUCCACGGAGAGGAUGACUAAAAGCUCAGAAUACUCAGAGGCUGCCCUGGCAGGUCUGGCCAGUAAAGAGAAUUUCAGCAGUGUGAGUUUACGCAGCGUCAACAUCUCAGAGCAGAUGUCCAACAACAGUGCCGUCCCAUACAAGAACCUCAUGCUGCUGCAGGUGAAAGGCCGGCGCCACGUUCAGACCCGACUAGUCGAGCCCAGAGCAUCGUCGCUGAACAGUGGGGAUUGUUUCCUGCUGGUGACGCCUGAGCACUGCUUUGUGUGGAUAGGAGAGUUCAGUAAUGUCAUCGAAAGGGCAAAGGCGAUGGAUCUGGCCACGUUCAUCCAGACAAAAAAGGACCUCGGCUGCAGGGCCAGAAAAGUGCAAACCAUCGAGGAAGGGGUCAACCCUCAGAGUCCGGAUUCCCAACAGUUUUGGACCAUUCUCGGAGGACAGACCCCUUACCAACCUGCCGGUCCAUCGGAGGAAGACGAGCAUUUUGAGAAUGCCAUUGUGGAAACCAACUGCAUCUUUCGUCUGCUGAAUGACAAACUGGUCCCCGAUGAUGAUGAAUGGGGGAAGGUCCCUCGCUGUUGUCUGCUGGCAUCCAAAGAGGUGCUGGUGUUGGACUUUGGCAGUGAGGUGUACGUAUGGCAUGGCAAAGAGGUGACGCUGGCACAGAGGAAGGUGGCCUUCCAGCUGGCCAAGCACCUCUGGAACGGCACCUUUGACUACACCUGCUGUGACAUCAACCCGCUGGACCCUGGAAGCUGCAACACCCUCAUUCCCAGGAAGGGCCAGGGUAGACCCGACUGGGCCAUAUUUGGCAGACUGACAGAGCACAAUGAGACCAUCUUGUUCAAAGAGAAGUUUGUGGACUGGACUGAAGUGAAGCCGCUGUCGCCAACCGAAGGCAGCGAGCUGGUACCAGAACAGCAGAAGGCUACAGGGCGGGAGUGCCGGCCGUACGAUGCCAGCCUGAUGCUGCCGCUGCUGCAGUCAUCCAUCGCCACCAUCCUGGACGGCGUCAACGUUGGUCGCGGACACGGCUCGGUGGAGACAGAGGACCGCAUGAGGACGCAGGAAAUCAGCACCGUUUCUGUGGACGUGUGGCACAUCCUGGAGUUCGACUACAGCCGCCUACCGCGCCAGAGCAUCGGACAGUUCCAUGAGGGCGACGCCUACGUGGUGAAGUGGAAGUACAUGGUCAGCACGUCAGUGGGACGUAGACACAACCCGGAAGUGAGGAGCACAGGACCCGGCAGAGAGCAGUGUUGUUAUUUCUUCUGGCAAGGCCGACAUUCCACCGUUAGCGAAAAAGGAACAUCGGCAUUGAUGACGGUGGAGCUGGAUGAAGAGAGAGGGGCUCAGGUCCAAGUGCUGCAGGGAAAAGAGCCUCCGUGUUUCCUGCAGUGCUUCAAUGGCGGUAUGAUCGUUCACGCCGGCAAGCGGGAAGAGGAGGAGGAGAACAUCCAAAGCGAGUGGCGUCUCUACUGUGUGCGGGGUGAGGCGGCCGCGGAAGGCCACCUACUGGAGGUGGCGUGUCAUUGCAGCAGCCUGCGCUCGCGAGGCUCCAUGAUGCUGCUCAGCGUCAACAAGGCGGUUAUCUACCUGUGGCACGGCUGUAAGACACAACCGCAUACCCGCAGCGUGGGCAACAUGGCGGCCCUGAGGAUCAAAGAACAAUGUCCUCUGGAAGCUGGCCUCCACAGCAGCAGCAAAGUGAGCAUCUACGAGUGUGACGAAGGCAUGGAGCCUCCGGCCUUCUGGGAAGCUCUGGGCCACAAGGACAGGAAGGCCUAUGACUGCAUGCUGCAAGAUCCGGGAAAAUUCAACUUCACUCCAAGACUCUUCCAGUUGAGCAGCACAUCAGGAGAGUUUGUGGCUACAGAGUUCUUCCACCCGUCCAGAGCUCCAGACAUUGUCAGUUCGCUGCCCUUCCUGCAAGAAGAGCUCUACAAUGCGGCACAACCCGCGUUGUUCCUAGUGGACAACUUCCAUGAGGUCUACCUGUGGCAGGGCUGGUGGCCUCAGGACAGCGAGAACACCGGCUCGGCUCACAUCCGCUGGGAUGCAGACAGGAAGUGUGGCAUGGAGACGGUGCUGCAGUACUGCAAAGAGAAGAACGACAAGAAUCCUCAGAAGUCCUACCUGAUCCACGCUGGACUGGAGCCGCUCACCUUCACCAAUAUGUUCCCCAGCUGGGAGCACCGGGAGGACGUUGCUGAGAUCACUGAGAGGGAGGCGGAGGUGUGCAACCAGAUCAUCUUAGUGGAGGAUGUGUUGGCCCGCCUCAGUCAAAACACCUUCCCUCUGGCCCAGCUGCAGGCCCGGCCUCUUCCCGAGGGCGUGGACCCGCUCCGUCUGGAGAUCUACUUGUCUGACCAGGACUUUGAGACCAUGUGGUAGGUGGAUGGAGGAGGCUUUGGAGAUGACGAGAGAGGAGUAUGAACGUCUACCAGGGUGGAAACAGGUGAACUUCAAGAAAGCCAAGGGACUGUUUUAAGCAAGGUUUGACUGAAGAAUGAAAAAGAAGAGCACUAAAAGACAUGAAGAGGUGGCGGAAGUUUUCAUGAAGACUGGAGAUGUACUUCCUGGUCGGUGUUAGGACAUGUUAAUCCAAGACGCGGACUCGAGUCUGUGACUUGGACUUAUUUGAUGUUAUUGCCAACAUUGUGUUCAACUGUUCAACAGCAGUGAAAUACAGUUUUGAAUGCCAAAGGCGUUCAUUCUUUUCAUGUGUGGAUACUGUACAUGCUAAGCGAACAGUAAAUAGCCAAUGACAAUGUGAUCAUUACAGGUGGAAGAGACUUGAGACACGACUUGUCACCAAAGACUUAGACAUGACUUGGAUUUUCAGAAAAAUGACCGCCUGAGGCACCUCCAAACACUGCAGGACGCUUGGUGUCAGAGUACCAUCCAUGCUGUGCUUUGUGUGCACGUCAGCUUGUGUGUAUAUGUUGUGAGGCCGACGUUGUAAUUUAAAGGUUUGAUGGUGUCCAAGAAGCUUGAGGAAUCUGUAUAGUGCCUUUUUGUGUUUUGUGUACAGUUUAUACAAAGAAAUUCUAGUGGGUAUUUUCAAAGACUUUCUUUGGGAUAAAAAAAAGACAAAGAAUCCAAACUUCUCUUGUGUCAUUAAAGCACUUUUAAUCCUAUGACAGUUGCCUGAUGGGUUUUAUUUUUACAUCAAAAUAUGUAUUAUCCAGGUAGUCUGAAACAGUAUGCAUCAAUCAUCAUUUUGUGUCGUUUUUUAACCAAAUUUAAGCACUUCUGACACCACCAAAAUUAUAAUAUUAAUUAAGUAAAUGUAAUUAAAAUGUAAUUAAUAAAAUUAAUAUGUGAUAUUUUUAACUGGUUUCUA